UUUGGCCGACCGCAUCUAGCUCCGCUACUUGAGUCGGGACUCAACACAUACUCGUCUCGUCAAGUGCAAGUUCUUGCUCGUACAAUAUUUCUGGUCCCAUCCAAGGUCCUCGUGGAUAGUAUUGUGUACUUCUACAAACCUUGGGUGUCAGGUCGAGUUCAUGGGUAUUACGACUUGCAGGCGUACAAGAAGAUAUCAGCUGCUGCUCAAGCAAAGCCCCCCCCCCCCCCCCCCCCUUUGGCUGACGUAAGUAUCUGUCGCCUAUACGGUCUGGUUUUAGACGACGACAACGAUUAUCAUCUGGAUAGUGACGAGGAGGAUCACCCUGGUACACGUUUAGUCGGACUGCUUACCUAUAUCGAGAAUCAAGGCACUUUAAAAGAUAUUGCGCCUUGGUCUGACUGCACAAAUGAGGAUCGACUCCGCUGGUCUCAGCAGAUAGACGAUUUCGUCGACUGUUUACAUGACGCAGGUGUAGCUUGGGGUGAUGCUAAACCUGAGAAUAUCCUGAUCAACAUGGAGGGUGAUGCUUGUCUUAUUGACUUUGGCGAUAGUUACACCAGAGGCUGGGUCGAUGAGAAUAAGCGGGAAACUCUAGAAGGAGACCGGCAAGGCGUACAAAGGAUUCAUGAUUGGCUCAAGACAUGGUCCGAGAAGCCUGUUACUCGAAUCAAGCGGGAAACCUCGGCAGUGCAGCACCUUUGA